AUGAGAAUAGAGAACGAAAAAUUUUACUUGGUGGAGCCCGCGGGGGUCGAUGCAGGAUUCACUACGUUCAAUCUUGAGGUUCUUGAGGCCCCAAAGAACAAGAACACUGACAACGUCAACGCCAAGUUGGGCUUGGUUAUGAAGUCCGGUAAGUACACUUUGGGCUACAAGUCCACCGUUAAGGCUCUCAGAGCUGGUAAGGCCAAGUUGAUCAUCAUCGCCGGUAACACCCCAGUCUUGAGAAAGUCUGAGUUGGAGUACUACGCUAUGUUGUCUAAGACCCAGGUCUACUACUUCGCUGGUGGCAACAACGAGUUGGGUACCGUCUGCGGUAAAUUGUUCAGAGUCGGUACCAUGGCCAUCUUGGACGUCGGUGACUCUGACAUUUUGUCUGCUAUCUAA